CGUAGUCGGGAAUUUAAAAACGAAAUAAUUUUCUGGUCAGUUGUUCUGUAACGUGAUUUUGUUGACAUCCGUGGACAUGAAUAAGAGAUUCAUUUUGUCCUCCGUGGCGCUGGUCCUCUGUGUUGACGUGCUGCACAGUCUGCCGCACACGUAUUUGCAGUCACGACAGCAUCAUGACACAGAUCCACGGUUCACAGAGAAGUUUUUCACUCAGACUCUGGAUCACUUCAACUUCAACAGUUUGGGAAAUGGGACAUUUAAUCAGCGGUACCUGAUCACAGAUCAGUACUGGGAAAAAGGCUUUGGACCCAUCUUCUUCUACACUGGCAAUGAAGGAGACAUCUGGGAAUUUGCCCUGAAUUCUGGAUUUAUCACAGAGUUGGCUGCACAGCAGAGGGCGCUGGUCAUAUUUGCUGAGCAUAGGUACUACGGCAAAUCUCUACCAUUUGAGAAAGAGUCCUUCAACAUACCUCAGGUCAGCCUGCUGACGGUGGAGCAAGCCCUGGCUGACUACGCCAUCAUGAUCGCUGAGCUGAAACAGCAGCUGGGAGCCACAGACUGUCCAGUCAUCGUGUUCGGUGGCAGUUAUGGUGGGAUGUUGUCAGUUUAUAUGAGAAUCAAAUAUCCAAACAUAGUGGCUGGAGCUCUGGCCGCCAGCGCCCCCAUCCUGUCUACUGCUGGCCUGGGAGACUCCAGGCAGUUUUUCCGAGAUGUUACGAGUGACUUUGAGAGUGUUUCCUCUGACUGCACAGAUGCUGUGAGAGGAGCUUUUCAUCAGCUGAAAGAACUGGCUGAAUCGCAGGAGUAUCAUCACAUUCAAUCAGCGUUUGCCCUGUGCAAGCCUCUAUCAUCUGCCCAGGAUAUCCACCAGCUCAAUGGUUUUCUAAGGAAUGCCUUCACUCUGAUGGCCAUGCUGGACUACCCUUACAGUACUCACUUCAUGGGGAACAUGCCUGCCAAUCCUGUCAAGGUAGCCUGUGAAACCAUGCUGAGAGGAUCGGACCUGCUGGGUAACCUCAGAGACACUGCAGGGAUCGUAUACAACGCCACCGGGAUUGUGACCUGUUUUGACCUGUACAGUCUGUAUUUGGAGUGUGCUGAUCCCACUGGGUGCGGGCUGGGCUUCAACAGCCUGGCCUGGGACUACCAGGCAUGCACAGAGAUCGAGCUAUGUUACGAGAGCAACAAUGUGACGGACAUGUUUCCUCCAAUGCCUUUCACUGAGGAAGACCGCAGGCUGUACUGCUCCAAACGCUGGGGUGUGGUUCCACGACCGGGCUGGCUCAGCAUCCAGUUUUGGGGUGACGCUCUCUCCACGGCCAGCAACAUUAUUUUCUCCAAUGGAGACCUGGACCCAUGGGCCAAUGGAGGGGUGCGCACAUCCCUGAGUGACUCACUGAUAGCACUCAACAUAUCUGGAGGAGCCCAUCAUCUGGACCUGAGGGGUUCUAAUGAGGCUGAUCCAGUGUCAGUGAUUAGUGCCAGGAAGACAGAAGCAGACCUGAUUGCACUUUGGGUGAAGAUGGAGAGGACCAGAUUACAAAAGUUUGUUUGAGGACGUUGACACAAGAAUAUUCAAACUGCAGUUACAGAAGAAUCAGACUGUAGCUUUUUGAGACUGUUCAAUGUUAAAUAAAUUUAUUUUUAAAAAUACGGAAAUAAAUAAAGUGAAAUGUAAAAAUGAAACACCAGUUUGUAAAUGAAUUCAUUGUAAUUUCAUUUUAAAUUUGUAUUUUUUCAAUGCAUAUGUUGGUAAAUCAGGAUCAUUCUAAACCAACAGUGUUUUGGAAUCUGCAUACAUCUGCAUACUGCCCCGCCCCCAUUUCUCUGAAUGGGGGAACACAUUUACCUCCAGGUGAAGAAGCAAAAGCAGUGAACUGGUGACGGUAAGAGAGAAGCUGCACCUCUAAGGCAAGAAACAAGAAGACUGACUUUAAAAGUUAAAGAUAAUUUUGUCUGAGGUCCAAAGAGGAAGCUGGAAGACUUGAAGCUUUUCAAAGUGUUUACAUGGGAGUAAAGGUCAUUUAAAAAUAAAUGUUUAAAAAACGUUCAGGCUAAAAUAACAAGAGUGCUGAGUGUGACUGUAUCUGAGACACUCAUUGAAAUAAACAAUUGAUAUGACAAAGACCAGCAGACUGCAAGAGAAAGAGGACAAGGACCAUAGCAUUAGCUCUAAGCCUCACAUAAGAAAUUCACUGAGUUUUCUAGUCUGAGCACUCAUAGUUGAACUAAAUAGAAUAGAAUAGAUCCUUUAUUGUCACUGUUACAAGAACAAUGAAACAGUUUGUCAUCUCUCUGUUGGCAGCAUGUAGAUUUACAUUCAGAUUCAUACAUAGCAACAUAGAUAUCUACAGAAAAAAAGAUUUGUUA